AUGAACGACGAUAAAAUCAGAGGACAGUAUCUUCGGAAAUUUCAGCCAAAGGAAUAUCAAGGAGUCAUAAGUGUGCUUACUGGCCCUCACUCAUUUUACCAGAAGGAACUUCACUCCAUUUUCAACUCUCCGGUGUCGGACUCCUGGCGGACGCUUCUAGAUGUUGGGUGCGGACCCACUGUUGCCAACGUCUUUCCGGCGACAAGGAAGAUCGACAACAUUGUUCUCGGUGACCUGGUACCCAGCAACCGGGAGGAAGUAGAGAAGUGGAUUCUCAAGGCGCCAGAUGCCAUGGACUGGUCUUUCAUGAGCGAACCACUGGCCAUCCUGGAAGGAUACAAGGAUGCAAAAGAGGGAGCCAAGGACAUCGAAGAUAGGACACGCGCUGCCGUCAAGAAAGUGGUUCCAUGCGACGUCCUGGACCCUAAUGUCCUCCCCGAAGAACACAAGCAAGCUUUCGACGUGGUCACUUCGAGCCUUUGCCUCACGAUCGCGAGUCGCGACCAAGAAACCUUCCGGAGGGUCGUUCGGAACGUGUCGGGUCUCGUUCGGAAGGGAGGGCACCUGAUACUGUGCGACUUUACGGGAUCCAGCGCCUACGCUGUCGCGGGAGUGAAAUUUCCCAUGCUCAGUCUCACCAAAGCCGCGUUGGAGGAUGCACUGAGCAGAUCGGGGCUCCAGGUGAACCGCUGGCGCUCGCUCGACAUGCCCGCUGGCUCGGACAUUCCCAACCAUUGGGAUUUCCAGUUUGUCCUUGUGGCAGAAAAACUCUGA